AAUUUAGACGGGGGAGUGCUCCUUUCUACCAAGAGGAUCAACGCUAUCGUGUAUGACGAAGGGUCCCAAACCGUCCGAGUCGGACUUGGAAAUACCUGGGGAGACUUAUAUGGAUAUCUCGAGAGUCUCAAUCGGAUCACUCCCGGCGGUAGAUCUCUCACCGUUGGCCUGGCAACUAUCAUGGGAGGUACACAGUGGUUUGUCCCAAUUAUCGAAUUUACCCAGGUAAAUGGUUUUGUGGCAGACAGAGUUCUCGGGUUCGAGCUUAUAGAUGCUAGCAGCAACUUGGUAUUUGCGAACGCUACAAAGAACGAGGAUUUGUUCUUUGCUCUUAAAGCAGGAGCCACAACCUUUGGUGUGUUACUGAAACCCCCUGACUCGUAG